UCAUAAAUAAUAUCAUGAAAUCAUUGAUUUUUUUAACAAAUUUAACUUAAAGGACAUCACAACACUAAAAACAAGGCUGCUUAUAGAUUUAAAGUAUGUCAUUAUCUAAGAAAUAUGGUGCAGAUCUUACACUUAUUAUUCAAUGAGGUAUAGGCGUUUGAAACUAUAAGUGUAGGUAACGUCAUUAUAUAGCCGAAGUAUGAAUGGCGGCAUAUGUUUUACACGAAAAGCGUCUCGAUUAAUGCAACGAUUUCAAUCAUUAAAGAUAAUAUUUAUUAAUUUUUGUAUGUAACCUUAUGUGAAUUGCUAACUUCAGAAAGGGGAUAGGUUCAUUUUUUAUAACUUUUCAGGAGAGACAAAAAACAAAAUCAUAACAUGAUCUUUUCAUGUAGUAAACUGAAAUUUCCAAACACUAUAUUUAGCGUUUGGAUAGUCGGAUUUGACUCCUUUAUGCAGUAAACGAUGUAUUUACGCGUGCUUAAUGGAAAAGGAUAACAAAUUUAAAACUGAUAAAAACGGACUUGUCUCCCUUCUGCAGUUAGCGAUUCAAGUGUUUUUUUUGUGUUUACGAUACUGGAUUAUAAUAUUGCAAGUUGCGAAUUCAAAAAAAAAAAAGUUGUAUUGUGCAUGCGUAAAAUACAUGAGUUUUAAAAAACUAUAAGUUAUAGGGAUUUAUGAUCCAUUAAUCUAGUUUAAUGUCUCACAAACAGAAUUGAAAAAUAUUUACAGGGUAAUCAGUGAUAAUGUGUACCGUGUUUCCACGCACACGCGGUACAUACAUAAAUAUGUUUAUAAAUGGAUUUGAACAGUUUUCGACUGUUGAUAAGUGUUGUGCUGGUUCUACAUUAGUUUCAGGACAAGGAGUAGAUAAGGGAUAUAGCGGUGCUGGCUUAUGCUUUUUCCAUUCUGAUUCUUAUUAUUUAACUGGAGUAGUGAGUAUCAAGGAUCCAAGCACAAAUAAUUCAAUCACAGUUUUUACAGAAGUUAAGUACCACAUUCGAUGGGUACGUGGACUGUUUAACAACUUCAAAUAAGUCCAAUAAGAUUGUGGUACCUGCCUAAUAUUAAUAAAAUAAUUUAUUCCAAUUGUAAUUUAAAUCAAUAUUUGUAUAAAUAUGAUUCACAUAUGUGUAACAAUUUUUAAUAGUUCAUACAAAUAUACAAUUGUUAAUUUAAUUUAAACAUAAUAUGUAGGUACGUAUCUAAGAAUUAUAAAUUUAUGUAUAAUUGACACAAUAUAUUGAAUUCGUAAAGUUUUUUGGGUAUACCAAUUUUGCAUUGUACAUCCAUUGUUACCACAUAAUUAUUACUAAUUGUUGUCCAUUGUACAUUUGUACCUAUUUGAAAAAACUAUAAGUUUUAAUAUUACUUUUUAUCAAUUGUAUUGCUUAGUUAUCGACCAUUGUAAUGACUUGGUUUUGUUAAUGAAAACUUCUGCUUUAUAACUAAUAUAGUUGAGAAACGAUAUAUAUAUUUUUUAAAAAUUAAAAAUAUUCAAACGUGAAGAAUGUUAUCUGAUACACUCGUCAAUGCCAAAACCAACCCACGGGAUAUUUGACUUUUUGGUCGUAUAUGUAUACAAGGUGAUUUUCUAAGCAUGCUUACCCUUCAUCUAUGAAUAUGUAUGCAUAUAUUCAAAUUCUAGUUUUUCUAAUUUUUAAAUACAUUUGAAGACUAUAUUUUCGAAUA